AUGUACCUGGUGGUGUUCACCUUGGUGGAGGACUACCUGACGUACUGGAUCCACCGCUUUCUGCACACCAAGUGGGGCUACGAGAAGAUCCACCAUGUCCACCACGAGAAGACGGCGCCGUCCGGUUUCGCCGCGGUCUAUUCUCACGGCGCCGAGCUUAGCUUGCUAGCCGUCACAAUCUUUGCUGGGCCAGCAAUCAUGCCAUGCCACGUCACGACGCACUGGCUUUGGUUCGCCAUCCGCUUAAUGGAAGCCUCCGACGCACACUGCGGUUACAACUUCCCGUUUAGCCUCGCGGGGUUGAUCCCGUUUGUCGUGGGCGCGGAAUUCCAUGACUAUCAUCACUACGCUGGAGGAAAAACUCGGACCAAUUUCGGUUCUGUGUUUACAUAUUGUGAUUAUAUAUAUGGGACAAACAAGAGCUACCUACUCCACAAGAGAAGCCUAGCAAAGCUGAAGACGAAGCAGGCCGAACAGAACAUGAAGGGCAGCAGUGGGAUAGAGGACUGA